AUGUCAAGAUCCAGUCACCAUGUGUUGCGCUCGAGGAAGAGGAUAUCCAUCGGACCACCACCUGAUGACGUCGUAACCACCCACACCUUCUCUCUCGUCACCAAGGCCGGCCAAGAGGAGGGGAGGAGCAGAGUCACCCGGAAGAAGGUGGCUGCGCUUAUUGAGAUAGGGGCUCACGCUCACCAUAAGAGUGACCACCGGCUCCUUCCACCAUGGAAACUUGCCAGCUCUGCAGCAGGUCUCUGGGCGGCGACUCUUGACCUUAUUAACGGAGAUAGCUGCGGCGGCGAUGUAGACCGGCAUCUCCUCCCAUCGGAGCUCGCCGGAGGGAAACCAUCACAGAUUGCACAAGAUCAGGUCAAGAGAGAUCUGUGCCCAACUCCAGACAUGGGCAUAAAGCCCAACUCUACUCCUAUACAGACUACUACAGUGGCCGGCACGGAGCCUCAACUACUCUCCGGCGGCAACGUCGCUGGAGAGGGGCUUGGCCCGGCCAAGAACAGCGAAAACCCUAGAAAGAUGCUGCCAGUUGGGCCCCCAUCCUCACAGUACGUGCUCUUGUCAAUUUCUUCUUAUCCCUCUCGCCUCUGUCUCUCCAGUUGCUAUCCCCUGCUUAUCCCCUCCGACGAAGUACAUCGCCGCCUCGGCAUUCCGUCGAACACGAUGACGAGCGUGGCGGCGGCGGUCACCCUCCUCCGCAUCCCUCUCGCCCGCCUCUCCUCUCACCUCCGAUCCGUCCCGCCCCCUCGCUUCCGCCUCUCCCACUCCCACCGCUCCCUCACCUCCCUCCUCGCGCCCGGCCACGGCCUCGCCGUAGCGGCCGUUUCGGAGGCGGCGGCCCCGGUGGUUGAAGAGGAGCUCGAAGCGGCGGAGGUGAAUGAAGAAGAGCUCGAAGCGGAGGAAGAGCAGCAGGACGCGGCUCCGCCGUCCUUCGUGCUCCCGCGGCUGCCGCGGCCGAAGCUGGACGUGAAGGAGCGGAAGGAGCUGGCCUCGUACGCGCACGGCCUCGGCAAGAAGCUCAAGUCGCAGCAGGUCGGAAAGGGCGGCGUCACGCCCUCCCUCGUCGGCGCCUUCUCCGACAACCUCGAGUCCAACGAGCUCCUCAAGCUAAAGAUUCACGGGAACUGCCCUGGAGAACUACCUGAUGUGAUACUACAACUUGAGGAGUCAACCGGAUCCAUUGCUGUUGACCAAAUCGGACGAUCAGUUAUUCUAUAUAGGCCUAGCUCCAGCAAGAUGAAAAAGAAGGAAGAAGUCGCUAGAAACAGGGAAGAGUUUGCAAGAAAUAGUGCGAGGUUUGGAAAAUCUGAGAAUUCAUUUGGAGAACGCCCUAGACAUAACACAAGCAAGAGAUUCGGAAAGUCCGUGUCAACAUUUAGGACUCAACAGAAGAGAAGAUCAGUAGCAUCUAAGAGCUCGUCAUAUGGACGCGGUGUAGCAGCACAAAAAAUAAAAUAAUAGAUUGUUAAUUUUGUUAUUGUCUUGAGAAAUCAUGUAAAUUUGACCAACUAAUUGCAUAAUGCAUAUUAGGGUUCAGUUCCUGCCA